AUUGGAAUCGUCGAGGAGGCAUCUUUGGUAGACCGUAGAGUGUAGCUCAAGAGAACGCAGUCUGUGGGACAUCGUCUGGAAGUGUUGGUUGUAAUUACUUGUUAUGUCAGGUUAAAUGGUAUUAUUAUUUCAGCUAUGACCGAAAUAUAUUCCACAUUAUUUGGCCAAAGCGAAACUCAAGUACCUCCGGGCUCCUCGGCAAUAGGUUUUGGUCCAGGGAAACCUCCGCCGCCGCUUCCGCAAAACCAAGUGUCAAUGCCGGCUCAGAUACAACCACAGCACGGGGAUGAAGGGCCUGCUCUGCGGAAACCUGGUGUCAUGAAUGAACCCUUUUAUUUGCUUCGGGAACUGCCAGUCGGCAACGAUCUGACGGGAAACACAAACCUUAUAACACAUUAUAACUUGGAGCAUGCAUAUAAUAAAUUUUGUGGAAAGAAAGUCAAAGAAAAACUCAGCAACUUUUUACCGGAGCUGCCAGGUAUGAUAGAUGUCCCUGGCGUGCAGGAUGGAAGUUCACUAAGGUCUCUAAUAGAGAAGCCACCAGUGUGUGGUAACUCCUUUAGUCCGCUGACUGGAAAUCUACUAACUGGCUUCCGACUUCACACUGGCCCGCUUCCUGAACAGUACAGACUGAUGCAUAUUCAACCUCCAAAGAAAAAGAGCAAGCACAAGCACAGACACCAUCGGCCACAGGACCCUAUACCACCAGAAACACCCUCAGAUUCUGAUCCGAAGAAGAAGAAGAAAAAGAGGGAUGAUGAUCCUGACCGUAAGAAGAAAAAGAAGGACAAGAAAAAGAAGAAGAACCGCCAUAGCCCUGAUCACCCCGGCCUCACCAGCUGCCAGCCAGGCAGCAACAGCCUGAGAUAGGCAGAAACCAGAGGGAGACGACUAGUGUGUGUGUUUGCGAGGAUGCGUGUGUAUUAUAUGAGACUGUUUUGUGACAUGGAUGAAGAGAAUCAUUAUAGAUCAUUGUACAGAUCACUGUAUUUACAGUCAACUCGAUUUAAUAAACUUUUGAUAACAAA